AAAAGAGAAACCUACUUCCCCACAAGCUGAAUAAGAAGUGACGGUUACUAAGUAACAAGCUAAUAAGCCGACCCUGCCCUUAAUUCCUGAGGCAGGCUUGGUAUGUCCAAACCUCACAUCCGCAGUAGAACAUAGUGAAGUUUGCCGUCCCAGGACCAUAUCUCCCGAAUGAUUAUAUGACCUUCUCUCCCUUAGCUUCUCUGAGCGAUACCGGCAGUGAUCCUCAAAUGUUGCUGGGUCUUGAGCAGGCAAAUUGCCAUUGCAGAUUUCCCCGAAAAUUGAUUCCUCAAGUUCACACAUGACACGAUGCAGGAAAUCUUGCAGGGGAAACGAUUGAUCACACGUCCCCCAUAUCCUCCCCUCCUGAUCGGUCAGGAUCUUCUGAGGUUCCUCCCGGGUCUUCCCCACUGCCCCCUGCCCUUCUUCAACCUUCGUCAGUGGCGCGGCGGCGUCGGCAGCAGCCAUGAACUGGUCCUACCUGGAGGGGCUCAUCAGCGGGGUCAACAAGUACUCCACGGGCUUCGGACGCAUCUGGCUCUCCAUUGUCUUCAUCUUCCGCGUGAUGGUGUUCGUGGUGGCCGCGCAGCGCGUGUGGGGCGACGAGAGCAAGGACUUUGUGUGCAACACCGUCCAGCCGGGCUGCAACAACGUGUGCUACGACAGCAUCUUCCCCAUCUCCCACAUCCGCCUGUGGGCCAUGCAGCUCAUCUUCGUCACCUGCCCGUCGCUGAUGGUGGUGGGCCACGUGGAGUACCGCAAGAAGAAAGACCUGCAGUACACCACCUCUCAUGAGGGCCAUCACCUCUACGCCAACCCGGGGAAGAAGCGCGGGGGGCUUUGGUGGACGUAUCUGCUCAGUCUGAUCUUCAAGGCAGGAUUCGACGCCGCCUUCCUCUACAUCCUCUACUACAUCUACGAGGGCUACGACAUGCCCCGCCUCUCGAAGUGCAACCUGGCGCCCUGCCCCAACGUGGUCGACUGCUACAUCUCCCGGCCCACCGAGAAGAAGAUCUUCACCCUGUUCAUGGUGAUCUCCUCCAGCUUGUGCGUGCUCAUGUGCAUCUGUGAGAUGGUGUACCUCAUCUUCAAGCGCAUCCAAAAGCUACUGGUGAAGAAGAGGGAGGCGGACAGUAGGUUGUUCGCCGAACGCCACGAGAUGAAGCCGCUGGCCCGGCCGCGGUCGGACAUCAGGUCGAAGAAGUCCAUCUGGGUGGACCCCACGAACACGGCGUCCAUACAGAACCUGAGCAACACAGAAGGAGAGGAGGCGCCCAUACAGAACCUGAGCGAGGAUUUGUUGAAAAAGAAGAGAAGUAAACUGCAAAAUAGAUGGAUAGAGUUUGCUUGAAAAUUACUUUGCUUGUAAAUAUAAUUUUAUAUUUCGUUUCUAUGUGUAUACCAAGGUUAUGUAACAAGUAUAUCCAAUUGAAUAUUUUCUUAAAAGAUACACACUGCCCCCUAACGGUGAAAUAAGAUACAGCACAAUAAUAAUCGUUUCAUUUUAUAUUUGACUGUAUAUAAAAAAGAAAGUAUGUAUUUAUAUUGACUCAAAUAAAAUCAGUAGCCUAAAGGAUGAAGCUCAGCUUCUUCUUAUAAUUAAAUCAUAUUGUAGACCUCGAGUGGAAAGUAUAAGUGCUUUCAUUCUGAAAAAGUCUUGUUACUUUUCCUUUUCCUUUGACUGUGUAAAAUGUUUCAGCAAAGUGAUUUUUUUUUUGGAAAUAUUCUCACAAUUAAUUAAACUAUUGAACUAUGA